ACAACAACAACAACAGAAAGUCAAACAACAACAACUACUACAACUACCCCAACAUCAAAACCUACCACUACCCCAAUAGCAACUACAUCUACUUCAACAUCUAAACCUACCACUACCCCAACAACCCCUACUACAACUACCCCUACAACUAAACCUAACACUACCCCAACAAAAUAUCCUACCACUACCCCAACAACAUCUACUACCACUACCCCAACACCACCUACAACUACUCCAACAACAAAACCUACCACUACCUCAACAUCUACUACAACUACUUCAACAACUAAACAUACCACUACCCCAACAUCAAAACCUAUCACUAUCCAAACAACAACUACAGCUACUUCAACAACUAAACCUACCACUACCCCAACAGCUCCUACCACUACCCCAACAUCAAAACCUACCACUACCUCAACAACAUCUACUACAACAACAAAACCUACCAAUACCCCAGCAACUACUUCAGCUACUUCAACAACAAUUCCUACCACUACCCCAACAUCAAAACCUACCACUACCCCAACCACAACCAUAACCCCUACCCCUACCCCUACCCCCACAACAACCAUUACUCUGACAACAACCCCUUCCACUACGCCCACAACAACCCCGACUUCUCCAACACCCACUUCACCCACUACUACUCCACACUGCCUGACCAAGACAGUCUGUGAAUGGUCAGACUGGAUUAGCAAAUACUAUCCCUCUGUUGGACCAGAAGGAGGAGAUUUUGAAACCAUAGAAAAUAUAAGGAAAUCUGGUAUUGAUAUUUGUAGCCAACCUAAGGAAGUAGAAUGCAGAGCCAAAGACAACAUCCAUGUUCCUUUGGCCGAACUAGGUCAAAAUGUUGAAUGCAAUCCCUCAGUUGGACUGAUAUGCCGCAACAAGGAUCAAGGCAUCCCACCAAUAUGCUACAACUACGAGAUCAGAGUCAGAUGUUGUGUUGAUGUUUGUAGCAAUGAGACACCUACCACCUCAGAAAGGCACACAACUACCAUUAUAACAUCAACAACUACCCCAACAACAAGAACAACAACAGAAAGUCAAACAACAACAGAACGUCCGACAACAACAACAGAAAGUCCAACAACCACAUCUAAGUCAACAACUCAAUCCAUAACAACAAUAGUAACAGAGGAAGUUACAACUGGUCCAGAAUCAACAACACCUACCACCACAACAACAACAACAACCACCACAGAAAGUCCAUCAACCACAACAACAUCUAAGACAGCAACAUAUUCCACAACAACUGAAACAACAGAGGAAAUUACAACUGGUCCAGAAUCAACAACUCCCACAACAACCACUACACCAACAACAACAACAACAACAACCACAGAAAUCCCAUCAACCACAACAACAACUAAGAAAACAACAUAUUCUCCAACAGGUGAAACAACAGAGGAAAUUACGACUGGUCCUGAAUCAACAACUCCCACAACAACCACUACACCAACAACAACAACAACAACCACCACAGAAAUCCCAUCAACCACAACAACAACUAAGACAACAACAUAUUCUCCAACAGGUGAAACAACAGAGGAAAUUACGACUGGUCCUGAAUCAACAACACCUACUACCUCUACCACAACAACAACAACCACCACAGAAAGUCCAUCAACCACAGUAACGUCUAAGACAACAACAUAUUCCACAACAAGUGAAACAACAGAGGAAGUUACAACUGGUCCAGAAUCAACCCCUACCAUUACCCCAACGACAACCCCUACCAUUACCCCAACGACAAUCCCUACCAUUACCCCAACAACAACCCCUACCAUUACCCCAACAUCAACAACAACAGAAAGUCCAACAACAACAACAGAAAGUCCAACAACCACAACUACGCCAACAAUUCCAUCUACAACAACAAAAGUAACAGAGGAAGUUACAACUGGUCCAGAAUCCAAUACAACCCCAACAUCAAAACCUACCACUACCCCAUCAACUACUGCAACGACUUCAACAACACCUACUACAAUUUCUUCAACAACUAAACCUACCACUACCCCAACAACAACUACUGCAACUACCCCAACAACUAAACCUACCACAACCCCAACAACAACUCCUACCACUACCCCAACAUCAAAACCUUCUACUACCCCAACAACUACUGCAACUACUUCAACAACAACUACUACAGCUACUUCCACAACUAAACCUUCCACUACCCCAACAACAACUACUACAACUACCCCAACAUCAAAACCUGCCACUACCCCAAUAGCAACUACAUCUACUUCAACAUCUAAACCUACCACUACCCCAACAACCCCUACUACAACUACCCCUACAACUAAACCUAAUACUACCCCAACAAAAUAUCCUACCACUACCCCAACAACAUCUACUACCACUACCCCAACAUCAAAACCUAUCACUAUCCAAACAACAACUACAGCUACUUCAACAACUAAACCUACCACUACCCCAACAGCUCCUACCACUACCCCAACAUCAAAACCUACCACUACCUCAACAACAUCUACUACAACAACAAAACCUACCAAUACCCCAGCAACUACUUCAGCUAUUUUAACAACAAUUCCUACCACUAUCCCAACAUCAAAACCUACCACUACCCCAACAACUACUACAACUACCCUAACAACAAAACCUACUACUAACCCAACAACAACUGCAAAUACUUCAACAACUAAACCUGCCACUACCCAACCAAACACUACAGCUUCUUCAACAACUAAACCUACCAUUACCCCAACAACAGCUACUACCACUACUCCAACAUCUACUUCAACUACUUCAACAACUAAACCUACCAGUAACCCAACAUCUACUACAACAACCCCAACAUCAAAACCUACCACUACCCCAACGUCUACUACAACUACUCCCACAACUAAACCUACCACCUCCCCAACAACAACUCCUACCACUACCCCAACAACUGCAACCACUACCCCAACAUCUAAACCGACCACUACCCCAACAUCUAAACCUACCACUACCCUAACAACAAAACCUACAACUACUACAGCUACUUCAACAACAUCUCUUACCAGUAACCCAACAACAAAACCUACCACCACCCCAACAACUAUUACAACUACUUCAACAACAAAACCUACCACUACCCCAACAUCUACUACAACUACUUCAACAACUAAACCUACCACUACCCCAACAUCAAACUACCACUACGCAACUUCAACAACUAAACCUACCACUACCCCCCCAACAACUACAACAAAACCUACCACUACCCCAACAUCAAAACCUACCACUACCCCAACAACUACUACAACCCCAACAUCAAAACCUACCACUACCCCAUCAACUACUGCAACGACUUCAACAACACCUACUACAAUUUCUUCAACAACUAAACCUACCUCUACCCCAACAACAACUACUGCAACUACCCCAACAACUAAACCUACCACAACCCCAACAACAACUCCUACCACUACUCCAACAUCAAAACCUUCUAUUACCCCAACAACUACUGCAACUACUUCAACAACAACUACUACAGCUACUUCCACAACAAAACCUUCCACUACCCCAACAACACCCACUACAACUACCCCAACAACUAAACCUACAACUACCCCAAUAGCAACUACAUCUACUUCAACAUCUAAACCUACCACUACCCCAACAACCCCUACUACAACUACCCCUACAACUAAACCUAACAAUACCCCAACAAAAUAUCCUACCACUACCCCAACAACAUCUACUACCACUACCCCAAAACCACCUACAACUACUCCAACAACAAAACCUACCACUACCCCAACAUCAAAACCUACUACUACCCCAACAUCUACUACAACUACUUCAACAUCUAAACCUACCACUUCCCCAACAACAACUCCUACCACUACCCCAACAACAGCUCCUACCACUACCCUAACAACAAAACCUACAGCUACUACACUACUUCAACAA